CUGAAACCAUAACAGCGUGUGGCCUUUCGAAUUUUUUUCAAGUUAUAAAACACUCACGUUCGUAACAAGGACUUAUUACAAUUUGUGUUUGAAAGAUGGUUUACAACUACACUAGACCUCGUGGUCCGAUCGCCGCAAUGUAUAGCAGCCCAGGACCAUGUUAUGCGCUUCCUAGUUUGGUUGGCUUUCCAAAUCACGACCCUCGUUCAAAUCAUCUGCGUGGAGCACAGUGGUCUUUCGGAAUUCGACACGAAAAGUUCAACAGCGAAUGUAGCCCAGGGCCGUGUUAUUAUCCUGACUCGAAAAUACUACGCGAUGGCAAAGAUGGGACACCACACUACUCACUAUAUAGCCGUCAGAAGGAGGCAAUGAUAUUUUCAAAUCCUGGUCCAGGAGCCUACACUCCUGAAAACAGUGAUCACUUUGUUUUUAGCAAAGCUCCAGCGUACUCAUUAAGCUCUAGAAACAAAGAGUUCAAGGUGGACGAUGUUCCAGGUCCGAAUAGAUACAAUAUAGAUCCUAUGCUCGGAAAGACAGUUAGAAGUCAAAAGCAAUCAGCCCCAGCAUAUUCUCUGUCCAGCAGAACAAAGCUUUUCGGUGCUGCUGAGACACCUGGAGCUGGAGCAUAUAAUAUCACUGAUCUUAAUUUGUACCGAGAAGCUGCCCCUAAAUAUUCUGUAACAGGAAGAAAUCAGCUGCCAACCGACACUACGAGGAAGCCAGGUCCAGGCGCUUACUAUCCCGAAAGAGAAUGUUUGUGAUUGUUAUUUGUGUACUUCUACAACGCUGUUACAUACUUACUUUAUUGUGAUAGUAAGCCAGAAUUUACUCCAAUGUUUACAAUACACUAUAGUGUACUCAAGCAAUACCAUUUCCUCAAAGUCUCAAUAUCUGUUCAUUCUGUUAGUUGACGCUUGGUAUAUUAGCAUUCCAUAAUGUUAUGUUUUACUACCAAAGUGCAUUAUUUCCAAACAGUUGUGAGAGUUUCUGCCGCAAUACCAUACUUCAAUGUUGACAGUGGCUAGUAGAAAAACACAGCAUCGUCCCAUUUAAAUUGGGGUAAGUAAAACGUCAUAUCUACCCACGUGUUACUGGAGAAAAUUCCGUCAAGUAUAGCCCAUAAUUUUUUCAGUGAGUCAAAAUAUGUUUUGAUAAGCUAAUCUCAUGGAUACAAAUCUUAAAGCCGAAGUUCAAAACGUUUCGUGCAAGAGUCGUAAUGCAGGUGAAUGAAGGUUUGUUCAGCAAUUGGUAUAGAAUAUAAAUCUAAGCUUCAUAUGAAGCAUUAUAAACAUGACCUCAAAGUAGUUAUGCAAUCUCCUACGGUAAAAGUUACCGUUAAGUUAAAAUUUUCUGGAAACACUUUGGCUUGAUAUAACCCAAUUUUGGCUGAAAAAUCAUUUUCUAAACGCUUAGGUAAAAGAUCUUUGGAUUAAUUAAUCGCUCCAUUUGGUCAUACAAUACCCCUGUAAUAAGUCUUCUUGAAAUGAUUCACGCAAUUUCGGCCAUUGUUUCUUCAAAAAGUGAUGCUCAGACAAAUUUAUACAACAACAGAUUUAAAAAAAGCUAACCAGUUUUACAACAUAAAAAAGGUCGUGCCUAUUAAGCUGAUUUAGAUUUGGUUCUUCAGACCGUCAUAGCAUAUAGUAACUGAUAACUACAUUUACUGCUAGAUUAGCUUACUGAAGUUACAUGGCCAUUUUUAAAUGCUGGAACAUUUAAUUAAAUUUACGUGUUAUGUCAAAAUAAAUAUCAACGGCUUGAAAUCAAACCUUUCUAAUAACGACACGUUUGUUUAUCUAAAUCUCACUUGCGGUAACCACGCAACACUAUUUAUCAUAAUAAAAGUAAGGCUGUUGUGUAUUUUCUGUAAGCUUUCACACCAUUCAACAAAAUUUUGGUAGUU